CAAGAAUAACCAUUAUGUAGGUUACACAAGAAUCCCUCGUGUGUGAGCUUCUUAAUACACGUGUUAUCGCAUUAAAAGAAACGUAAAGAUUCUUUAUUUCGUAUUCCGAUGUCUUAGAUAAUUUCCAAGCACCUAAAUCAUCUAAAUAUUUUCACGUUUCGUUUUACAGCGGCAUAAAAUUAAAGUCGAGGCGAGUAGUACUAACUGAACCCGUAAGGUUAGCGUUGAUAUCGCUGGUAUAACAAAGCGCUUAUUUUCCGUGCAAAUAACUUACGGGGCUAUACUAAACCUGCUCUAGUAAAAACUCGCUUCUGCAGCUUUAAAAACGAUCAAUGGUUAUUUAAAAUUACAGUCCACGUGAGGCUAGUGUGUUUCUAUUGAUUGCACCUCAGUGUUGACAAACGCAGCACUUGUGCUUUGCAGUCUAGGUCUGCAGUUGCAGGGAUGCUAUGAGAUGCUGCUUUAAUUCAACGUCAGAUCAAGUUUGAUCAAUAUUCCCCCUGCUGGCCCAAUUGGAAGAGCCUUAUUCACAAUCAGAUCUGGUACUCUUUCUACCACCAUCUUUGGGAUAAGUCCCUGGAUUUUUCAGUGGCAGAAAAUUUGAUCUGCAACUCUGCUUGCACCUCAAUGAACCCAAGUGGGACAUUGUGAAAGAAAUAAAAGCUGAAGGAUUUUCUUGACGUCCACGGCUGUGUACAUGAUUUUGCCGUAUCAGUUUCGUUUUAGGAGUUGAAUUUAAAGGUUGCAGAAAAUGGGACGCAGAAUUCUGCAUACUGUCCUUUUUUUAACUAUCCUUUUUGGUAAAUCCCUCGCUGGCUUUCCAAACCAGAUAAAUAUAGGGGGACUUUUCAUGCGAUCUACCGUGCAGGAGCACAGCGCUUUUAGGUUUGCAGUACAGCUGUACAAUACAAAUCAAAAUGUGACCGAAAAACCCUUCCAUCUAAACUACCAUGUAGAUCACCUAGAAUCCUCAAACAGUUUUUCUGUCACACAUGCGUUCUGCUCACAGUUCUCCAGAGGAGUUUAUGCCAUCUUUGGUUUCUACGACAAGAAGUCCAUGAACACGCUGACUUCCUUCUGUGGAGCUCUCCAUACCUCCUUUGUAACUCCAAGUUACCCAACUGAUGCAGAUGUUCAGUUUGUCAUUCAGAUGCGCCCAGCUUUGAGGGGUGCAGUCUUGAGUCUUCUCUCCCACUACAAAUGGGAGAAGUUUGUCUACCUCUAUGACACGGACAGAGGGUUCUCAAUAUUACAAGCUAUCAUGGAGUCUGCAGUGGCCAACAAUUGGCAGGUGACAGCACGAUCAGUGGGGAGUAUAAGUGAUCCACAAGAGUUCAGACGUAUCAUUGAAGAAAUGGACAGAAGGCAGGAAAAACGCUACUUAAUAGAUUGUGAAGUGGAAAGGAUAAACGCCAUCUUGGAGCAGGUUGUGAUCCUUGGAAAGAACAGCCGUGGCUAUCACUACAUUUUGGCAAAUCUGGGCUUCUCCAAUGUGAGCUUGGACAAGGUCUUUCUCGGUGGAGCGAAUAUAACUGGGUUUCAGAUUAUCAACACAGAAAACCCAAUCGUGCAGCAGUUUCUGCAGCGCUGGGACAGGCUAGAUGAAAGAGAGUUCCCUGAAGCACGAAACACUCCACUAAAGUAUACAUCUGCUUUGACUCAUGAUGCCAUACUGGUGAUAGCUGAAGCCUUCCGCUACCUGAGAAGACAGCGAGUGGACGUGUCACGGAGAGGCAGUGCGGGAGACUGUUUGGCAAAUCCGGCCGUACCCUGGAGUCAAGGCAUUGACAUUGAAAGAGCUCUAAAAAUGGUACAAGUACAAGGUAUGACUGGGAACAUCCAGUUUGACAACUUUGGCAGAAGAUCUAACUACACCAUCGACGUGUAUGAGAUGAAACCAGGAGGGCCCCGGAAGAUCGGGUACUGGAACGAAUAUGAAAGAUUUGUAUAUAUUAUGGAUCAGCAGGUCACCAACGACACAUCGUCUGUGGAAAACCGAACAAUUGUGGUCACUACUAUCAUGGAAGCUCCAUAUGUGAUGUAUAAGAAAAACAGUGAUCAUCUGGAAGGAAAUGAAAAAUAUGAAGGCUACUGUGUCGAUUUAGCUUCCGAAAUUGCAAAACAUGUCGGGAUAAAAUACAAAUUGUCUAUUGUAACGGAUGGAAAGUAUGGUGCACGGGACCCAGAAACUAAGACGUGGAAUGGGAUGGUGGGUGAACUGGUAUACGGGAGAGCAGAUAUAGCCGUUGCACCUCUUACUAUAACACUGGUACGAGAAGAAGUGAUUGACUUUUCUAAACCCUUUAUGAGCUUGGGAAUCUCCAUUAUGAUAAAGAAGCCUCAAAAGUCCAAACCUGGAGUGUUCUCCUUCCUGGACCCUUUGGCCUAUGAAAUUUGGAUGUGUAUAGUGUUUGCCUAUAUUGGAGUCAGUGUGGUCCUCUUCCUGGUCAGCCGAUUCAGUCCCUACGAGUGGCAUUUGGAUGACAGUGAUGAAGCAAGAGACCCCCAGACCCCACCGGACCCUCCAAACGACUUUGGAAUUUUUAAUAGUCUCUGGUUCUCCCUGGGAGCCUUUAUGCAGCAAGGAUGCGAUAUUUCACCAAGGUCCUUAUCUGGGAGGAUUGUUGGAGGUGUGUGGUGGUUUUUUACACUGAUCAUUAUUUCAUCUUACACUGCCAACCUUGCUGCUUUCCUUACUGUGGAGAGGAUGGUCUCUCCAAUUGAAAGCGCAGAAGAUCUCGCCAAACAAACUGAAAUAGCAUAUGGCACCUUGGACUCAGGUUCAACCAAAGAAUUCUUUAGACGUUCGAAAAUAGCAGUGUAUGAAAAAAUGUGGUCAUACAUGAAAUCGGCAGAACCCUCUGUCUUUGCUAAAACAACAGCUGAAGGGGUUGCCCGGGUACGAAAGUCGAAGGGCAAGUUCGCCUUCCUACUCGAAUCCACCAUGAAUGAAUACAUUGAGCAGCGGAAGCCCUGUGACACCAUGAAAGUGGGCGGAAAUCUCGACUCCAAGGGCUAUGGUGUGGCGACUCCCAAAGGCUCAGCAUUAAGAAAUGCUGUUAACCUGGCAGUAUUAAAACUGAAUGAGCAAGGCCUCUUGGACAAAUUGAAAAACAAAUGGUGGUACGACAAGGGAGAGUGCGGCAGCGGGGGAGGUGACUCCAAGGACAAGACAAGCGCGCUGAGCCUGAGCAAUGUAGCUGGAGUCUUCUAUAUUCUUGUUGGAGGGCUUGGGCUGGCCAUGAUGGUAGCUUUAAUAGAAUUCUGUUACAAGUCAAGGGCAGAAUCCAAAAGACUGAAACUUGCAAAGAAUGCUCAAAACUUUAAACCUGCCCCCCCAACAAACACCCAGAAUUUUGCCACAUACCGAGAAGGAUACAACGUGUAUGGAACAGAGAGUGUGAAAAUAUAGGGUUUGGAGGGGCACAGUUGCACACAGUAUACACGACAUCCAUGACUGGUUGCAAUGGAGAAGAUGGUUGGGCUAUGGGCCUGGACUGCCCCACCAUCACUGCACAUUGCCACGGGCGUCAGGCAUGGCACGAUAAUCGGCAGUGAAGCAACAGACUUGUCGUUUCAAGAACUAAAUUUUUCCUGCAGUGCCUUAUGGAACAUUCAAAGAGUCACAACAAUGCAACUCAUCACAGUAAUAUUGCUUCGCUUGAAAUACAAAAAAAAACAAUGGAGAUAUGAAGAAAUCGUAAUCUGUGAACCUUACAGUACAGAUUUUUUAAUGAAAAGCCAUCACUUGCUAACCUAGCACAGCUAGAAGUGCUGGACAAAGGUAAACAUAUUCAAGAUCAGAAGUCAUUGGGAAAGAACAACGGUAUUCUCAAGAAAGACUAUGUUUUGAACAACUUAAUUCUUUUAUAGCCGGAGUCUGUCCAACAACUGGUCAAACAGCUCCUUAGCAAGAAUGAAAAUCAGCGUUAUUCAGUGUAUUGCAGAAUCAUCCAAAUCUAAUGUUGAAAAAUUUGUGUUCCGAGUCAAUGUAUUUAAAAUAGUUACAAGGGUUUGUUGGUUCAGAUUUAUUUUAGUAACUAGGAAGGGACACCAGUCAUAUUGCUGUCCCUUUUGUUAACCCAAGGUUAACCUGAAUACUUCUUAAAUUAUUUUUUAAUAAUUUAAGGGUGAAAUGUUUGUUUUUAAACUCCAGUGUUUCCGGUGUCUCAAAACAGGAGAGGAACAGUGUGGAAAGGUGGUGUAGAAGUCUCAUUAAUGUGGCUGUAAAUGGACAACUGAAAUAGUUUUCAAAAUGAUGAAAUUAUGCUUUGUUUGUGCAUAACAAUAUACACUAAAACAAAUCUACUGCUGAAAGACAUGUUAAAGAACAGACAAAUCUCAGACUAAAUUUGGUGUCUGAUUGUUAGAUAAUAUCAAUUCUGGAGGAAAAAUCAACAUGAUUGUUGGUUACUCAAAUUGGCUGUUCCCAUGAACACCUGCUUAUGAAUUACAUCUUGUCUGGAUAGUAUUUAAAGUCUGAAGUGUUCUUAUUUUGGCAGGAACAAUGAUGAAAUCUCAUUUGUCUAGAAGUCAAAGUCUAGAAUAAAAAAACAUCAACAAUGAUUACUUUGGACAAAUCAUAUUACAUCAGAUAAUAAAAUGCAGAAUUGUUUUCAGAGGUUAAAGAGUAGAAAGAUCUUAAAUCGAUUCAAACACAAUUUGUUAUAAAACACUUAAUAAAGUUUAUGAUGCCUUUGAGACCUAAAUUUCUAAUUUUAUUUUUGUUUUGGUAAACAUUGCACAUUUUCAAUCAAACUGUGAUAUGUUCUGGUGGCAUUUAUUUCAUUUAUGGGCACAGGAAUUUGUUUCUGCGUUCAGAACAUCGCAAAAAGUAUUGAAAUGAAUUUUAUCUACAGGCCCCUAAGGCCAGGUUUUAAAAUCAAGUUAAAUACAUUUCCAUUAAUAAUGUUAUAAUUAUUUCACCCUCUAUAAGAAAACUGUGAUUCCAUAGUCUUUAAAGUAUGCCAAGAAAGGAUUAAAUAUAAAUAACUACAAAUUGUGGAAAGAUAGUUUUCUAAAAAAAUUAAAACCGAAAAAAAAAUAAAAGGGAAAAAUAAAAAAAAGAAACCUGUACAUUUGUUUAAACAAAGUUAAUUUAUGGGAGUGAAGCCUUCAGAAAAGAACGUCUGGUUUUAUUCUUUUUAAAACUGCAUGUAACAAGUGUUGAUUGCAUAACAAGUUCCGCUACUUACGUCAAGCUGUAGAAGGUCAACAGUAGUAUCUCAAGAUUUUUGUUUCAUUUUGUUCUUAUUUCAUUAUUUUUUUUGUAACUGCACUUCAGCAAACAGAAAUUGCCAAGCAACCUAGCGACUACAAAAGUAAAGUAAGAAUUGCAUGUGUGGGCAUAAUUUACUAAGCCUCAUUAAUGAGGUGUUGUACAAAGAGUUUUAAUACAUUUUGUAAAUAAAACUGUAUAGAAAAAAAAA